CUGGCGUUGCGCUAUGAGUUAAUGUAUUUCCACACUGUCAAGGGGGGGUCGGAAUACCGCUGAUCAUCUCAACAUACUGAUUAUAUGUACAAAUCUACAUGAUCUGAUCGGUACAGUGUAGCCUCCACUGACGUCGACUCAGAUCAUGCGGGCACAUCGCAACCAAGCAAACAUCGGAACAUGUCAUGGGGCCACGCCCACCUUCUGAUCAUCCUGUGCCUUGCUGGCAGGGGGUCUGUACAGCAGGUGACACAAUUGCCGCUUGUUUGCUGGAAGAGGGCGGAACUGGGCACUGCCGUAAACAGAGACACACAAGAAAGAAAGAAAGAAAGAACAGACAGACAGACAGGGACUGUCGAUGGAAGCGUCAAGCCUGUCGUGCACUGCAGGGACAAGCCUGUCACCCACCUGCACAUCUUGCAGACAGCACCGAUGUCGUGACAGUAGACUGCAGACAUUGACACAAUGCAUACAGGAAAUUGACGGAUCACUUACUUGUCUGUCUAUCUGCCCUGAUUGCUCACUCACUUGCGAGACAGGACGAGCAGACGAGUGCCAGCUCCACGGGCUUGCCACAGCAGAAGCAUGUGGCGCCAAAGGUCGUGGCUGACUGGGAGGCUUGCGCAGGGAACAAGACGUCCUCCCGCAAGUCAGCAUUCGGCAGAAAGUGAAACUGACACGACACGAACACACAGCCACAAGUUUUGAUCUGAAUCCCCUGCGUACAAAGUGUACAAAGGCAGCGAGCCCUCUCACUUACCAGCAGGAAGGGGAGCAGCAGCUGAAUGAGGAAUGAGGUACCCGCAUGCAGACAUAAACAUGGCAGCACAGGUGUAAGUGCGUCAGGUGGGCCGACUGACUGACUCACGUACGUUAGAGUUGGGGUGAGAGAACUGCAUGUACUGCCCCCGGGUCAUGAGGGCCGCCUGCUGCAGAGCCAUCUGCACACACACAACACACAACAUACAAUACAGCCAGACAUGCACCACUGCCUGUGGACCCGAUCGGUGAGCAUUGUGAGAGUCCCACCGAUGUCUUGGUGCCGAGCGCACACACGUCAAUCAUCACGUUCUGACCCACAGACCCAGACACCACUCGCGCGUUGAUCUUAGUAAGUGACCAAGUGACACAUGACUGACCAUCUUUUGGCCUGCGAAUGCGGCGCUCAUCAAUGGCACGAAUUGGAAGGCCAAUCCGUCCACACAAGACACCUCAAGAAUCAACACACGCGGCUGAAAAGAACACACACACACAGCACAAAGGAAGACUACAGCAAAUGCAGCCCGCCGGGUGAUUGAUGUACACGCGGCAUUAUUCCAGCCACUGACCUCAGCUGAGGGGUGCUCCUUCUUUCGUCUCUGGAUGUCUGCCACACACACAUAGACAGACAGACAGACAGACGGACGGACAAUGGACACGUUGGACAAAGACUAUCAUCUCCCUCUGGCCGGAAGCUCAGCUCACGACAUAAUGCCAUCGACAGAGCGCCAGCAAUCGAAGAAUCCGCUGCAUUGCAACCGCCAACACAGUGAGUGAAUGAGAACCGGCAAAACGCCCUUGCUCAUGUAGCAUGUAAGGUGCAGCUGUGCUGACCUGCGCGUGUCCCUCCAUGGCCAUGUUUGUGCUCAUAAGAGGAGGAUAGCAGCCUCUUGAGCCUCAGCGUGGCCUGCAAGUGCGGCUGGCACUCCUUCAUCUGCCCAACACCCAAACCGGAUGGCGGUGCUUCCGGUGUUUGUUGUGGCGGUGGUUGUGCUUGUCCGCUGGCGGCCACGCCGUCGGUGUCGAAGUCCUCCUCCAUUGGGAUCAUGCAGUCGGGGCUGAAGUCGCUGCACACGCCCUCAUACAGAUACUCGCUGCACACAGACGAGCAGACACACAGACGCGACAGAUAAAGCACCGUUUGCUGGUUGGUGAUGCAUGUGUUUUCCUGCUUGUCCGCUCACUGACCAUUUCUUGCCCUGCACGCCCAGGAGAGCCAGAGAGUGCGUCGGCUCCGUGAGGCAGUAUGCCCUCACGAACACCAGGAACUGCCGCCAUGUGGUCUUGAGCGUCACAGGCCGGUUCUGCUCGUCGACCUUAGGCUGUGCUGGAGCCGCUGCAGCCGCGACGCUGCCGCCAGAGGGUGAUUCCCGCCUCUUGUCGCCCUCUGCAUCAGCCGGCACGCGAGAAUGCAUCGCCGCCCAAUUGUGUAGGUUCGCGUCGAAGAUGGCAACCAGCAUUGUCAGGAAUGAUGGAUCUUGCUCACUCUCUGUUGGUUGGUUG